GGCUACUGCGUCAGAUAGAUCGCUGUUGCUGCAUCGUGUGAGGAUACAUACAGUGCGGUUCCCGCUUCAACAGUGCUUGGACGGAACCCUCAACCAGACAUCAUGAGCUCCCAGAUCCGCCAGAACUUCCACCAGGACUGCGAGGCUGCAAUCAACCGCCAGGUCAACCUGGAGCUGUAUGCCUCCUAUGUGUACCUAUCCAUGUCUUAUUACUUUGAUCGUGAUGACGUGGCAUUAAAGAACUUUGCAAAAUACUUUCUGCACCAAUCCCAUGAGGAGCGUGAACAUGCAGAGAAACUUAUGAAACAGCAGAACCAACGUGGGGGACGGAUUUUCCUGCAGGACGUGAAGAAGCCAGAUCGGGAUGAGUGGGGCAGUGGUUUGGAAGCCUUAGAAUGUGCCCUGCAGCUGGAGAAAAAUGUUAACCAAUCCCUAUUGGAUCUGCACAAACUGGCAACUGAACGGAAUGACCCUCAUCUCUGUGACUUCCUGGAAACCCACUACUUGGAUGAGCAGGUGAAGUCCAUGAAGGAGCUGGGAGACCAUGUGACCAACCUGCGCAGAAUGGGAGCCCCACAGAAUGGCAUGGCUGAAUACCUCUUUGACAAACACACUCUAGGGGAGAGCCAUGACUGAUCUCAAACCUUCAUGUCCUGCUUCAUGCACUCUCCUCUAUACAUGUUUUAUUUGUUAAAUCCUCUGGUUUCUCUGCUAUAUUUUUGCCUCCAAUAAAGUUAUUCUACAAGUA